AUGAAGAAGAAGAAGAAGAAGAAGAAGAAGAAGAAGAAGAAGGAAUUAAUGCAGACGGGCGAAGGAAGGAAAUGGGAUGUGGUGGUGUGUAUUGCGGAGUGCGUACUGCGUAGUAGAGUCAGUCGUGGUGGUAAUGGACCAGAUCCCAGUGGCAGACUGGAAGCAAGAGUUCAGGUUGAGCCGAGGGGGAGUCGAGAGGUGUUUGGUCGACCGCACGACUGA